GAGUUCCUCUUUUCGCCAUUCCGGGGUGUCGCCGCACCAAGAGCGCAAAGAGGGAGUCCUGCGAAAAGAGACUGCCAAAACCUCUCCUGGCCUCUACACACCUUCCCCCAGUCCCACAAGGUGCUCCGGCAUGCCCCAGAAAGGAGGUAUACGCUCUUUCUUCCCCCAGAGAAUCGCGGCAGACCUCCCCAGAAGCCCCGUUUGAAAGAUUACAGAGACCCCGAGGGAUGCUACUGCAGCAAACGCACCUCGCAACCGCGAAAAUUUUCAACGUCUGCCCGAGGACCAGAAGCAUUUGGUUGGCCCCUGACAGAAGCCCCUGAGGAUGUCCGACGGCAGUGCGAGCAUGAACCCCGACGAUCGGCCGGUUAAAACGGUUCCCUUCCCACUGAGCCACAGGCUCUCCAUGAAGGAGGUAUUUGACUGUGAGGGGAAGCCCAGAGUUGACCUGCUCAAAGCCCACCUCACCAAGGAAGGCCGCCUGGAGGAGAUGGUGGCGCUACGCAUCAUCAAUGAGGGAGCUGCCAUCCUACGCCAGGAGAGGACCAUGCUGGACAUAGAGGCCCCAGUCACAGUGUGUGGAGACAUUCACGGCCAGUUCUUCGACCUGAUGAAGCUGUUUGAGGUGGGUGGUUCUCCUGCCACGACACGCUACCUCUUCCUUGGGGACUACGUGGACCGGGGCUACUUCAGUAUCGAGUGUGUGUUGUAUCUGUGGUCGUUGAAGAUCCUCUACCCAAAGACGCUGUUCCUUCUGAGAGGGAACCAUGAAUGCAGACAUCUGACAGAAUAUUUCACCUUCAAAACAGAAUGUAAGAUCAAGUACUCUGAGCAGGUGUAUGACUCAUGUAUGGAUGCGUUCGACUGCCUGCCACUGGCUGCUCUGAUGAACCAGCAGUUUCUGUGUGUCCAUGGAGGGCUAUCGCCAGAGAUCCACACGCUUGACGACAUCAAAAAGUUGGACAGGUUCAAAGAGCCGCCAGCGUUUGGGCCCAUGUGUGACCUGCUGUGGGCCGACCCACUCGAGGACUUCGGCAACGAGAAGACGCAAGAGUACUUCGGCCACAACACAGUCAGGGGUUGCUCAUAUUUCUACAGUUACCCUGCAGUGUGCGAGUUCCUACAAACCAACAACUUGCUGUCUGUCAUCAGAGCACACGAAGCACAGGAUUCUGGCUACCGCAUGUACAGGAAGAGCCAGACCACAGGCUUCCCCUCACUCAUCACCAUCUUCUCAGCGCCCAACUACCUGGACGUCUACAACAACAAAGCUGCAGUACUGAAGUAUGAGAACAAUGUUAUGAACAUUCGGCAGUUCAACUGCUCCCCUCACCCCUACUGGCUCCCCAACUUCAUGGAUGUGUUCACAUGGUCCCUGCCCUUCGUUGGAGAGAAAGUGACUGAGAUGCUGGUGAAUGUUCUUAGCAUCUGCUCAGAUGAUGAGCUUAUGGAGAACGAUGGAGAGGAAGAGGUUUAUGAUGCCAAUGCGGCAGCAGCUAGGAAAGAGGUGAUCAGGAAUAAGAUCCGUGCCAUCGGGAAGAUGGCCAAAAUGUUCCAAGUGUUGAGGGAGGAGAGUGAGAACGUUUUGACCCUGAAGGGACUGACACCCACUGGCAUGUUGCCUAGCGGAGUUUUGUCAGGAGGCAAGCAGACACUGCAGAGUGCUACCAUUGAGGCCAUCGAAGCCAUCGAUCCUGUUGAGGACGCAGAAGCCAUCCGAGGCUUCUCUCCUCAACAUAAGAUCAAUAGCUUUGCAGAGGCCAAAGGUCUGGACCGGAUCAACGAGCGCAUGCCCCCCCGCCGCGAUGCCGUCAACAGCGUUGGUCUCUCCAUGGGGCGCAUGAACAUGGGGGAGCCCAACGGCACCGACAACAACAGCAAUAUACAGUGAUGAUUUAAACACCAAUACAGAUCCAUUCUGAAACACAGACAUAGUUAUGAAGUACAUACAUCCACAAAUACACACCUGGGCUUAAAUAAACUGGAUUUAAACAUACAUACAGAAGACCGAAAAUGCAGAAUAUACAAGUAAACAUUUACCCGUAACACGUUAGUGGUACACAAACACUCUUGCGUGCGUGCGAGCGCGAGCGCAUACACACACGGAGAUGGCCAGACACACAACAUUCUCCCCCACCCUGUCCUGUUGCUCCCCAGCUCACCUCUCUGCCAGUGUGGCAGGACUGUGCCAUGGAUGGUUGAGGCCUCAUGGUGGACAAACUGUACUACAGGUCCUACCAUGACUUCCUGACCUGACCUGGUCCCGCUAAUACAGCUCCCAUACCAGACCACCUGACAUCACUACACUACUGAACACUCUACCGGACGUUCUGGAACACUCUAAUGCAAAACAAAGAGCUACUGUUCCAUUCUCAUUGUGUAGUGUGGCUGAGUGGGUGACGGUUGUUUGUUUUCUGUCAUGUAGGGGGUGGGUGAGAUAGGGGGAUGGGGGUGAGGCAUGGGGGUGAGAAGUGGACUGGGGCUAAGGUGGCAUGUGGCAAAAUAACCUCCUGUCUUAUAUUCUGUUUUCUCUUCUAAGUUAUAAGCAGGAAGGGGUGUUUCAGCCCGGUUAGUGGCUCAAUUCAUUCACUUGAUUUUAUAAGAUAGCUAGAUAGAUGGGGAGACGGACCAGAUGGUUUUUAUGACAUCCCUAGGAGUUUGUGUAUUAUAAUUUUUUUUUAUGUGCAUUUGCAAUUGUGUGACUGUAUGUGUGUCUGUGAGGUUGAAAAUGUGAAUUGCAUUUUAUUUUGCAAACAUACCAGGUUGCGCUAUCAAACAUUUUUUGCUACUAAUACUAUACAAAAUUAACAGGAAUUUUAAAUUAAACAUUAUUAUCUUAAGACAAUGUUGUCAUAAGGUUCAAAAUGCAGUCUUGUUACCUGAGUAUCCUCUCAUCUUAUUUUGUAAGCCAAUAUGUUUUUUGGUCAUUAAGCCACACAGGUGUUAGGCCACCAUUAGUUCACUCACAGUACACGCUGCCUCUAAAGUUAGAUAACCACAAUGGAACUUAAAUCAGUUUUAGGAGAAACAUCUAUCUAUUCAACCUGCUGGGACUGUCUUUACAUGUUGAUGUUCUAAUGCUGCCUAGAUCAUUUCCAAAAUGAAUUUCAGUUCAGUGUUUUAGGGGCAACCUCUAUCACUUUGACGUAUCCACUUGUUUUGACUGUCUACAAGGUUAUGUACUAUCACUGCCAAGUCCGUCAUAGAUUGACAACGCAUAGAACGGACACCUGUGUCCGUUUCAAAUGUAGAAAUAACAAUGACGGAUUAUCCAUUUUGCUGGCAUGCAAUCCAAAUCAGCAUUGAGUUUAGUUCUUUCUAUGAAUUUCUACGGUGUCCCUUCAUGUGUUGUCUAAUGUGGCCGGUUACCUGAACUGGCAGGAGUAAGGCCCGACAGCUACAUGUUUUUUUGUUCUACCUUGCAAAUGAAAUGAAGUGUUUUAGACUAAGUGUGAGCGGUGACUAACAGAAGUCAACAGAAGCUUAUUUAUUUGUAAAGCAUUUAUAAACGCAUCAGUGCAUGCAGUUAGGUUCUUUGAAAAUAACAAUAAUGUGAAAUUCUAUUUGUGCCGUGCUUCAGUAUAGUAAGUUCAUUUUCUUCUUGCUUCGAAUUAACUUAGGGAUAAUAUUUAUUUUGUACAAUUUUGUUUUUAAAUUAAUUAAUUGAUACAUUUUACUUUUCUCAUGUUUUUUCAUGACAGUAUUAUGAGUUUGUUGUUUUCCCAUGAGUCUGGAAGCUUGAAUGAGACCUUCUUUUUCUGUUGAUGUACAGGAGUUUUUUUUAAACCUGAAAUAGCGUGAAUGAAUGACCGUACUAUAAAGAGACACAGACUAAUGUUCAGGCAGCCACAGCAUGAUUGCAUGGUAAACUCAUCUGUAACAGCCAAAGGCAGACACAGUUACAGAAGUUGUCUCUCACAUUUUAAAGGAAAAGUGUACACUCUAAUCAUAAUUCUUAAAUGAUAUUCUUGUUAUUUAAUAUAAUUAUUCUAUUUAUUAUUAACAUUAUGCUUAAGCUCUCUGCUGGUUGCUUUUGUGUUUUGCUGAUCCUCGUUUGGUCUCAUUGUGCUUUAUUUUGAGGGGUGAACUUACUGGAGACCUCGUGCCAUAUAGUUUGUGCCAUGGUUCUCUCUCUCUCCGACUCCCUUAUCAACACACACUGUAAGCAUGCCCCAUGGGACGAAGCACUUUUUCUACUCUUGAAUAAAAUAUGCAUGAACCUUU